UUGAAAGUAAACUUUUGAUUUGAUUCAAUGACAUGUUUUCCUUGACACACCCUUUGCUCGAUGCACUACAAAACCACCCAAACCCAACAACACAACAAAGGAGUGUUUUUAGUAUACCCCUUUUUUGCUCCGACUCGCGAUGUAAACGUGUCGUGUCCGUAUCCGUGUAAUGAGCCAAUACGUGUACGUGCGUUUCCCCUUCCACUUUCAUUUUACUCACGGCGAGAGCAACCGGUUCGGAAGAGGAUCGGAAAUGCUGGAGGUACGCACGGAAGAUGGUUGGUCUGGGGAAUUCUGCGAUAACACUUUUGCAAUUUAUUUUGAAAUGCCAAAGCUUGAGGCUUGAGGUUAUUAAUCUUCUUCUAAGGACACCAUUGACAAUCAAUUCGCACAAGGAAACUCCACUUCAAUGCAAUCUGGUUGGAAUUUGUGCCGUUUCUACAACACCAGAAACGACAUCGACCGACUCGAACUACGUCUAGUCCGGAUUGAACUAUUUCAAAUUGAAAGUCAAAAAUUUAACUAAGUCUAAGUGUUUUACGCACAGAGACUUUCGAUGACCGGCCCUUGGCAGUGUUUAUUAACAAUUGAGUAGCCGAACUUUUACAGCAAGUACAGUUCUGCCGACCAUUUCUUCAAAACGAAUUUAAUGAGUUUCUUGUUCUGAGGUUGUGAUAGGGACAAUUUCGCUAGCAUGCAGAGUGUUGACGGAGUAUAAUAAUUCCUCUUUUAUUUCUGCUGCAUUCAAGAAGUUCUCACGGUCAAAUAAUUGCAUCUCACACGAGCUCGUGGACGGGUAUGAACGAUUCAUGUUUGCUUCAUCUGCGUCUGAUAGAACCCAGAGAAUUUAACGAUCAUAUUAAUCGCUUCAAUUCAUUACAGAACAUUGUUCAAUCUGUGCAGAGGCGCAACUAAAGUGUAAGGACUUAAUACAAAACGAAUUUAAUGAGUUUCUUGUUCUGAGGUUGUUAUAUUUUUAUCUGUAUAACUGGAUCAUCUCACACCUGAUGUAUCCUUGGUUAGUGACAUAUAAGUGAUUGUCCACUAGUGCUAAGACUGUAAUACGUCAUGUCCACUGAUAGAACUAUCCAGUCCCUCUGGCAACAUCCAUCGUUUGUUUACCAUAACAGGGAGACACGUGGGAGUUCGCAAACUGAAGCCAAUUAAUAUUCCGCCCUUCACUGAGGUAUAAGAACAGUCAUGCUCGGUUUUGCCAAUCAAUUGAUUUCUACAGUAAUUUACCGUCUCAGUGACUCCUAGACAUCUUAAGAAGUAGCUAGAACUGUGCCUGUAACGUACUGCUAAGCUUUAGAAAGGGUUGAUUUACGAGGUAUUAUAUCAACGAGGUUUUGUAACUUGUCUUUAGGCUUAGGGACAAUUUCGCUAGCAUGCUGAGAAUGUUUGACGGAGUAUUAUAAUUCCUCUUUUAUUUCUGCUGCCUACGAGAAGUUUCACUGUCAAAUAAUCGCAUUUCAGACGAGCUCGUGGACGGGUAUGAACGAUUCAUGUUUGCUUCAUCUGCGUCUGAUAGAACCCAGAGAAGUGAACGAUCCUAUUAAUCGCUUCAAUUCAUUACAGAAUAUUGUUCAAUCUGUGCAGAGGCACAACUAAAAAAGGACUUAAUAAUGGUUAUUGUCUUACCAAAGGACAGUAAGUUUAGACUGUUUUAAACAUACAUCACUUGAAUCGUAUACUUUCAUCACAGCAAGAACAACUAAACUGAAAUAAGACAACUGCAAACUGACGGUUCACAUCCCAAGAAUUCCAAUCGUCUUGAUACAGUCAACAUGGAGUACGAGUUGGCAACUACCAGCUAUAAUAAUAUGACUCUGGAUAACACCACCAGUGUGUGGACAACGGAUGCACCAGAGCCCCCGUACAGACUGGUUCUAUGGAUAAUCUUAGAGAGCAUCAUUGGUUCCCUUGGCGUCAUUGGUAAUGGGCUCGUACUAAUUGUAUUUUUUCGAAGUAAGUCUAGACAUCUUGUGAAUCUAUUCAUUAUUAAUCAAUCUAUGAUUGAUUUCACUAGCUCCGUAGUAUAUCUACUGAUCCAUCUUGGACCUAAAGUGCAACUUAUACCAGGCAACCCAGUGCACUCAAUCCUCUGCAAAGUUUGGGUGUCUGAAUAUGUCAUGUGGUCUCUCUUCAUAUCAUCAAGCACUAACCUGGUAUGCAUUACACUUGAACGCUAUAUUGCAACCAUGAAGCCAGCCUGGUAUAGGAAGAAAGUUGUAGCAGUCAAGAAAAGGAUUGUUGUUGUUGCUGCAUGUGUCUGGGCCUUUGGAUUUCUUAUUGAUGCUAUUUGGGCAGCAGUACAGAAGGUGUUCCCAGGUAACUUAUGCGUACCCAUCUACUCAUCUCCUGCGUCACAAGCUAUAAGUGGCAUCACCAUCUUCUUUGUUACGUACCUGGGACCUUUAUCCGUAAUGGCGUUUAGUUACACAAGUAUCGUACGUAAACUACGACAACAGACAGCGAAAGUACAGGCCCAAUCUCCGGCUAGGACUCUAUCUAGUCGUGUCAAUGCUACUGAACCAAGAACUGUACAAGGUUCUCUACUUAACAACAAACGAAAUGCUCGAGCUAGUAACACACGAUCUAGAGCAACAAGAAAUGUGAUUCAAACUAUGAUGAUUGUCUCAGCAACAUAUGCCAUUACUUGGGCUCCCAUAGCCUUCAACUACUUAAUCUUUAACUUAGGUGGACCUUUAGAUUUUACAAGUGUCUGGUACGAAGUCACCAAACUUUUCGUUCACGCCAAUAUGUGUGCAAAUCCCUUCAUCUAUGCUAUGCAGUACAGACAGUUUCAAAUUGGUUUGAAACGUUUGUGCUGUUGUUGCACCAAGGAGUUGGCCAAUCGUGACCUGACGGUAUCGGUCUUGGGGCCGACCUCCGGAACAUAGCAAGUAAAAAGUACUGAAGUAUUGUCAAAGGUGUACAUGUAAACAAGCCAUUAAUGAUGUUGAUUAUCUAAAAUUGAAGAAAUGGAAUAAGCCCAUAGUUAACAACCUGCAGAUUCCCUGACAAAACAAAAUUUAAGUAAAAUGUGUGGUUGUGUAUUAAUAAAACGUGAACACUGAGUUUAACAUUUAAGUUCGAAAUUUUUUCGAAGGCCUUUAUGGUGAGUUUCCAGAAACCAACAAAACAAAUUAGUAGUACUCUAGCAAACUAAUGAUUAUUGGCACCACGAUGUUACUCAAGCAAACUAAUAAUUAUUAGCACCAAAUUGUUGUCUCCAAGAAAAUUAAUUACUAUUAGCAACAAAGUGUUAGCCAAACUAGUGAUUUGAAUGUUAGCAAACAGUGUUAAUUAAUGCUAUAAUAAUUUUUUAGCACAAAGUGUCAGCAAACUAAUAAUUGUUAGCACCGAAUUUGUUAGUACUCCAAGAAACUGAUGAUUUUUUGGCACCAGUGCAGUAUACCAAGACAACUAAUGAUUAUUGGCACCAGAGUGCAAGUACCAAGCAAACUAUUGGCACCAACGUGCAAGUAACACACAAACUAAUAAUUAUUGGCACCAGAGUGCAAGUACCAAGCAAACUAAUGAUUAUUGGCACCAAAGUGCAAGUACCAAGCAAACUAUUGGCACCAAAGUGCAAGUACCACACAAACUAAUAAUUAUUGGCGCCAGAGUGCAAGUAGCAAGCAAACUAAUGAUUAUUGGCACCAAAGCGCAAGUACCAAGCAAACUAAUGAUUAUUGGCACCAGAGUGCAAGUACCAAGCAAACUAAUGAUUAUUGGCACCAGAGGUCAAGUACAAAGCAAACUAAUGAUUAUUGGCACCAGAGUGCAAGUACCUAGCAAAAUAAUGAUUAUUGGCACCAGAGUGUAAGUACCAAGCAAACUAAUGAUUUUUGGCACUAAAGUGCAAGUACCAAGCAAAUUAAUAAUUAUUGGCGCCAGAGUGCAAGUACCAAGCAAA